AUGGGCGCCAACGCUUCAAAACCAGUGCGCACAGCUGCAGGCGCUGCAAAGCGCCAAUAUCCUAAACAAGCUGCUCCCCCGCCUCGGCCGACGCCGAAGGCCCCUCGAGAAACGAAACCGCCGCAACCACCGCAACCACCACAACAACCUCAACCGACUCCCUCCGCACCAAAAGCACCCCCAGCCCAGACCCCGAGCCAUGCAGCACAGGGACCUACAUAUCAUUCCAAGGAGGAGGCAUCAACAGUUAAAUCUAAUGCGAUUGACCUCGACGGUCGUGAUCCCGACUUCGCUGCUUCCUUACGAUCUAUCGGCCCCGUCGACCCAACACAGGGUUUCCCCCACGGCAGCGCCAACCUCGGCUCCAUGCAAACUGUUUUCCCAUCCGCCUCCAGUCCCGCCUGGCUAGUACACACCGCGCGCAAUAGACUGAACAAGAUCGCCGCCGAGGAAGAGGAGCGCAUAAAGUCUGGGCGGUAUGGGGAUCGACAAUUUGUCGAUGCUUUCCAGAUACAACAGGCGCUUCAGAUGCGGGAUGCGCAAAAUUUGCCACCUCGGGAGAUUGAAGGGAUUCUGGGCUUGAAACCGGGGCUUGUGGAUAAGUUGGGACAGAAGGGAAUCGUCUCGAGGAUUUCUCUUGGCUAA